GAAGAGGAAAGGGUUAUUAGUAAGACCUAGAAUACAAAGUUUUUAUUUUGGGGAAAAAAAGAGGAGAAGCUGUAGGGUUUAGGUGAAUGAGAAGAAAGGUGCGCUCCUGGACCAAGGGCGAGUCAGGAGUUGCCAGAAGAUUUAGUCCUCACCUCCGAAAUUUUGCGUUCUUGUCUUCUAGUUGGUUAUUAUUUGCAGGUCAUGGCAUUUGUGGAGACUGUAAUAUCCUCAGCUGGGUUCAACCACUUGCAGGACGUGCAAUCUGAAAUUAUCCAGUGGUGGAAACAGGAGGAUUCUAUAAGCCAUUCAUCUAUGGGGCUCUCGGAUGUGCCCCAGCCUGAGGGAGUUCAGCAGAUCAAGCAAGAAUAUGAAGCCUACUGGGAUGUUGACUUCCUCAUGAGAAACUUCUCUGCCUCGGAGCCAGCCACUGCUAGUGCUACUUGGGUUGGCCAAGAGGAACAACCUGCAGCAUCCACUGCCUGCCUGCCAGUAACCACUGAGGAGGGAACGAGAGGCAGGCUACCCAGAACCAACAGAGGGGUGCCGGAUGCUCCUUGGGCACCAGGUUUUGACACCAAACUCCAACCAGGAGAUAGCUCUGUGAACUAUGUUCCUCCUGCCCUGCACGGAUAUGCCCAGAAUGUGACGGAUCCAAAUAAGAGCCUAGCAUUGUCCAGUGAUCAUCUGCAGCAGUUCCUUGCCCAGGCAGAUUUUGGGGCUUUUGCUCCCACAGUACAGCACCACGAAGAGCCAAAACAGAGAGUUCAUGGCCAGUACUACCAACUCACCUAUGUACACCCAGGUCCCUCUUUGCAGAGCAAACAUGGAUCUCACAGUCAGCUCCCACCGGCGCAAUCCCAGCUGCCACACUGCAGUCUGCUGAGCAGCUGUCUCCCUACCUACCCUGGCCACUACCAAACCCAAACCACAUUGCAGCUUUACCAGACGGAUCCAGCUGUGUCUACUACAGCAUCCCUUUACAGCAUCCCGGCGCCUCCCUUGCCUGCCAAGGAAGCCGCAGACAAACCUAAGAAAGGACACAAGUCUUCAUCCCGUAAGCAGCCUGCCAGCCACAUCUGCAGUUAUCCCAACUGUGGGAAAACUUACACCAAGAGCUCCCACCUCAAGGCCCAUCUUCGCACUCACACAGGUGAGAAGCCAUACCCAUGCCUGUAUGAAGGGUGUCCUUGGAAAUUUGCCCGCUCCGAUGAGCUGACUCGCCAUUUUCGCAAGCACACUGGGCAGCGCCCAUUCAAGUGUCAGGUCUGCCAGCGCACUUUCUCCCGUUCGGAUCACCUCUCCCUCCAUGUGAAGAAACACGUGUAACUGAUGCCACAAACCCUGGGCUGCAGUGGACAUUCUGGGCCAACGGGAGGUCUUGAAGAAGAGGGUGGUAGGGGUGGGUCGUUGGGUAACUGCAGGUGUAAGCCUUUCUCUCCUUGUAGCCCCUUGCCCUUCGCAAGUGCUGUGUUCUGCAUUUGUGGUAGGGAACUAAUUAGGCAUGGCAGGAGUCCUAAUCUGGCCAGCCAGCCACUU